CUUCCUGUGGCUAACAUGCUAACUUGUUCCGUUCCGUCGUUCCCAUAAAAUUCAGUCUGAGUGAAGCAGCAGAGUCUGUUUGUCUGGAUAAACUUGUUGAAGUGGACUUUUUCGUAAACUUUCGGGAUGUUUCAGCCCAGACUCAUCUCCCGUUAGCCAACAAUGCUGAAGGAAGUUAGCGUAGCUUGCUAGCAGGAAAUAGACGGAGCUCGGCCUCACGGUGCUAGUCGGAGUAGCUUCGACAGAGACCAAACUGUAUUUUUCACGGAGCCCAAAUGUCCAGAUAGAGCUGUGUGAAUAGACUCUGUGCUGUUCCCUUUAUUUGACGCUGUUUUCCAUCUGAACGAUCUGCUGCUGUCCGACGAAGCUAAUGAAGCUAACUUAGCCCGCUAGCAGGAAAUAGACGGAGCCGAGCGUCAUUUAAUCAUCAGAGAGAACAAAGAGUUUCUAACGGAGUGAGUCUGGAGGAAAAGCUGCUGUGAAUCAGUCAAAAUGUCUAAAGUCCAAACGCUGAGAGCUUUUGUGAAGCAGCGACUAACUGCGGCUGCUGAAGAGAUAUUUGAGCAGUUUGAAAGAACGAUAGCAGAGUACGAGGAGGAAGUUUGUCGACAACAGAAACUACUGGACGCUGUUUUCAAGCCUGAAGUCCGGUUACACAGAGCAGACGUCCAGCUGCUGUUGGGGAGGAAAGAAGAGGAUCCUCCUGAGCAGCAGGACUGGAGAUCCAGUCUGGACCAGGAGGACCCAGCAGAGCCGCCUCACAUUAAAGAGGAACAGGAGGAGCUGUGGACCAGUCAGGAGGGAGAGCAGCUGGGAGGUCUGGAGGAGGCUGAUAUCACCAAGUUCACGUCCCCUCCUGUCCCUGUGAAGAGUGAAGAAGAGGAUGAAGAGGAACCUCAGUCCUCACAGCUUCAUCAGAGACAAACUGAACAGAUGAGGACAGAAUCUGAUGGAGAGGACUGUGAUGAUUGGAAGAAAUGCAGUGAACCUGAGUCAGGUUUAAACUUUCUGAAAAGUAACAGUGAAUGUCGUUCUGCCAGGAAAUCAUUUAGCUGCCUUGUGUGUGGUAAACGAUUCAGCCAAAAGUCAAAUCUUCAGACACACAUGAGAAUUCACACAGGAGAGAAACCAUUUUGUCGCUUAGUUUGCAGUAAAAGAUUUAUACAAAAGGUAAUCCUGUUACGACACAUGGCUCUCCACACAGGAGAGAAGCGGGACCGCUGCAGUGAUUGUGGCAAAAGAUUGACUCAGCAGUCCCAGCUCAAAACCCACCAGUGUGCUGGUCUUCAAUCCUCACAGCUUCAUCAAAGCCAAACUGAAGAGAACAGGGAUGCAGAGCAUGUGAACAGAAAGGCUGAAGGAGAGGACAGUGGAGGACCAGAGCCAGACAAAAAUUCAGAUCCAGAUAGACAUUUACAACCUGAUACUCAUGACAAGACGUCUCACUCCUCUGAAUCUGAGACUGAUGACAGUUGUGAUUGGGAGGAGACCAGAGACCCUCAGUCUGGUUUAAACCCUCUACAGAACAAUGAAGUACCUGUCAGUGAUGUUAAAUGUAAAACUGGAAAAACUUCAGUUAGCUCCUCUGGAUGUACUUCAAGCUCUGACCACAAGGGGCGUCUGCAGAAACACAGUGGAAACCAAACAGGAGAGAAACCCUUGAGUUGCUCAGUUUGUGGUAAAAGAUACCAGCGAAAGAAAUCCCUCAGGAAGCAUCUGAGGCGCCAUUCAGAAGGAAAAUGCUUCAACUGCUCUUUUUGUAACAAAUCUUUUCAACAGAGAACAGAUAUUCAGAGGCACAUGAGAAUCCACACGGGGAAGAAACUGUUUAGUUGUUCUCUCUGUGGAAAAGGAUUUGCAGUCAAGGCAAAAAUGAGUGAACACAUGAGAAGCCACACAGGAGAGAAACCUUUCAUCUGCUCAGUUUGUAAAGUUAGGUUCAGUCGCAGAGACAGUUUGUCCAGACACAUGAGGAUCCAUACUGGAGAGAAACCCUUCAGUUGUUCUUUCUGUGGUAAACGAUUUGCAUUAGGCUCAAAUUUGACAUCACACAUAAAAGUUCAUACAGGAGAAAAACCUUUCAGCUGCUCAGUUUGUAAAGUUAGUUUCAGUCAAAGCAGCAGUUUGACCAGACACAUGAGGACACACACUGGGGAGAAAUAAUUUAGUCGUUCUGUGUGUGGUCGAAGAUUUAUACAAAAUACACAUCUGAAAUAUCACAUGAGAAUCCACAUGAGAAACCAUGCGGUUUCAGAGUUCGUCACAAAGGAUUCUCUCGGCUCCAGACUUUAAAAACACACGAGUGUGUUUGAGAGCAGCAGAAACACAUGAGAUGCUGGUUGAAACUGAUAUUUCAUCCUUUCCAAGAAGUUUGCUUUUUGCUUCAUUCAAAGUAUUUUCUGUCAGCUGCACAGCGUUGUGGUCAACAUCUGUUCUCUUGUUAAAUAAUGUGAUCACUCAGAUCUCAUAUGUGUGUCGAGAGAAUUGAAGGUUUUGGAAAUCAUUUUUCAUCCCAUGAGUGUGUGUGUGUGUUUAUUGCAUUUAUUUUGUUGGAACAAAAACCCAAGAGACUCCCAAGACAUAUCCCCUCACCCUGACGGCCUGUGUGUACCCGUGUGUACUCGUGUGUACCUGUGUGUACCUGUGAAGACCAGGUAGUUGGAUUUAAAGUGAGGCUGCUUUAUCAGAAUAAAAUAUACAAAUGAAAUGUGUUGACAGCAGCUGAAAUAUACUAAAAUGUAUAUAAACAAUAAAAUAUACCA